AGUUUCCGGCAUUAUAACGAAUCGGCGAAGUAGGGUAUAAGAGCUAUUUGACAUCGCCAUUCCCACGUGUUCUCUUUCAUCCAGCGGCUGCGGCGCCGGCCCUGACCCAGAUCCUCCGCCCCCAGACUCGACUGGUAGCGCAGCCCCGCAACCUCCUACUGGUGUCGGAUGCGAGAGUCUAUCCUUAAGUGAGAAAUCAGGCCUCACUGGAGACAUUCAAGCAAGGGUUGGACAACUACUUUUCCAGAACAGAAAGGAAACUCAUGCAUCAGAAAAGGUGACUAAUAAACGUACCAAAAGAAUAUGGCUGCACAAAUACCAGAAUCUGAUCAGAUAAAACAGUUUAAGGAAUUUCUUGGAACCUACAAUAAACUUACAGAAACCUGCUUUUUGGACUGUGUUAAAGACUUCACAACAAGAGAAGUAAAACCUGAAGAGACCACCUGUUCAGAGCAUUGCUUACAGAAAUAUUUAAAAAUGACUCAACGAAUAUCUAUGAGAUUUCAGGAAUAUCAUAUUCAGCAGAAUGAAGCCCUGGCUGCCAAAGCAGGACUCCUUGGCCAACCACGAUAGAGAAGUCCUAAUGCAUGGACUUUUGAUGAAAGAUUGCCAACACCUGUUGCACUGGAAAUGAGGAUUCACCUGACAGAAUCCCAUGAAAGCAGUAGCCACCAUGUUAAACAAUCUGUCAUGACUGUUUGGCAAACGGAAAUCACUGGGAAAACAAAAUUGCUAUUUACCAGAAUAAUCAUCAAAAUGGGUCUUACUGUUCAAUGAAAAUAAUAAGAUGCAACACUUGUUGAGGCCUUAAGAUUCCGCAGCUUGGUCACUUGAUUAGAGAAAUAAACCAUGGUUUCUUCAA